GGCGUGGACAGCAGGAUGGCAGUUUGGGGAGAUUGAGGUGUUGUAUAUAUAUAAGGGGAUGGUUUCCUUUUCUUGAUGGCAUUAUGGACAGAGACGCACCGGCACAGCUUCAGACGCAGCUUUAACAUCUACUAGGAACUUGACGCUUGGGUUGAUUGAUAUCGAUUGAUCUAUACGAAACGAAGCUACACAUUCUUAUAAAAUGACUUCUUAUUGCGGCUUCAGCCCUGAGAAGGACCUUCCCGACCUCUCUGGCAAGGUUAUCCUCAUCACCGGCGGCACUCGCGGCGUUGGAAAGACAGCCCUCCUCCACCUCGCAAAGCACAACCCAGCACACGUGUACUUCACCGGGCGCAACCAACUCGCCGCAGACGCCGUCCUCGCCGAGCUGCCGUCCAACGUAAAGGGCACCUUUCUGCAGUGCGACCUCGCGUCGCUCGAGAGCAUCCGCACGGCCGCCGCGGCCUUCACGGAGCCGCGGCUCGACAUCUUCGUGGCCAACGCCGGCAUCAUGGCCGUCCCCGCCGGCGUGACCGCGGACGGCUUCGAGGUCCAGUUCGGCACCAACCACGUCGGCAACGCGGCGCUGCUGCUGCGGCUGCUGCCCGUGAUGCGGCGUACCGCCGAGCAGCCCGGCUCCGACGUGCGCUUCGUCGCGCUGACGUCGCUGGGCUACCGCGGGCACCCGCGCGGCGGCGUCGACUUUGCGACGCUGCGCAGUCCGCAGGAGGACAUGGCGCUGGGCGCGUGGGGCCGGUACGCGCAGAGCAAGCUGGCGAAUAUCGUCUUCGCGCGCGAGCUGGCGCGCCGCGAGCCGCGCAUCACGAGCGUCGCGGUGCACCCGGGCGUCGUGGCCACGGAGCUGGUGUCGACGCUGGGCUUCUGGAACCGCGCGCUGGUGUACGUGACGAACCCGCGCGGCCUGAUGACGCCCGAGCAGGGCGGCUGCAACACGGCGUGGGCGGCCGCGGGCAAGGGCGUCAGGGAGAAGAUGGCUGCUGGGAGGGUGGCCUUCUUCGAGCCGGUUGGGAAGCCGAGUGAGGGCGGUGCGGCGUGUUGGGAUGAUGCGUUGGCGAAGGAGUUGUGGGAGUGGACGGAGAAGGAGGUUGGGCUGUAGGUGUUUAGAUAUGAUCUUGUGGGUAACUUGGCUGGGUUAAUAACCGUCACGUUGUGGUUGAGCUGGUUGGCGAUGGUGUUUAUACAUCCUGUGUCAGUUGUCUGUCAGAUUCAACUUGUUCGAUAAUCGAUAAUCCUGCUUCACAUUAGUUCUCUCCUCACAACACAUCUCAAAACUGGGAUGAGAA